AAUUGUUGCUGUUGCUGUCCAAAUCCUUUCUUUUGACUCCGGUAUCGUUUCAUCCCUUUUGGCAACACUGAAUUUGAUUUGUUUUGAAAUGAGGUAUGUAUGUAAGUUUAAAUAAAUGUAUAUAAUGAAUGCGUGAAAGCUGGAUGAAUAAUAUACGUAAGCAAAUAACUGCGUUCCCUGCAGAAAUUGUUAGUGUGUGGUUUAUUGUGAAGGGUUUUUCAAAAUUGGUUUUCUUGGGUGCUUCUAUUAAUGACCCGCAAAAGACAAUUUUUAAAUGGCAACAGGGUGUUGCUCGCAUUCAAGAAAAUUCAAAUCAAAGAAACAAGAUAAGUACCCUCGAAAUAGAAAGAAAUAUAACUCUGAUGAGGAUGAAGAUUCAAGCAAUGUGUUGUUUGCGAAACUAUCUGUUAGUGACCCUGAAGUGGGAAGUGGUGAAUCCAGCAGCGAUGAAGUCUCCCGUUUGACUGAGGCACCGUUUCCCGUGGCAAUGUGGGAUCUAGAACAGUGCGAUCCUCGAAAGUGUUCUGGUCGAAAGCUUUCACGGCAUUGUUUGAUAAAGACAUUGAAAUUAGGACAGCGAUUCAAUGGCAUAGCGCUCACACCAGUUGGUGAAAAGAGCGUGUCUCCCAGCGACCGUAACAUAAUAGCCACAAGCGGAGCAGCCGUAGUGGAUUGUUCAUGGGCGAGACUAGAAGACACACCUUUCUCUAGGAUGCGCUGCCCAAACCCACGCUUGUUGCCGUUCCUGGUCGCAGCCAAUCCCAUCAACUACGGUCAUCCUCUUCAGCUGUCGUGCGUGGAAGCACUGGCAGCCUUAUUUUACAUAACAGGUUUCAGAGCAGAAGCCGAGUUGUAUCUCAGUAAAUUUAAGUGGGGUAAGUCAUUCAUAACAUUAAAUGAAGAGCUCCUUGAUAAAUAUGCAGCAUGUGAAAAUAGCCAACAAGUUGUGGAAGUACAAAAAAAGUACUUGGAAAAUGCUCACCAGGUGAAAGAAACAGGUACAGAUGAUUUACCUAUAUCAAAUUCCUCUGAUGAAAGUGAGACUGAUGCAUGAAACUGUAUUUUAUGUAAAAAUAUUUGAAUACUUUUUUUUAUUAAAAAAAAAGGGCUUGUCUAAUACGUAUACAAAAGCAUAUGUACAUAUUAGAGAUGUCAAAACAUAUAAAUUUCAUAGAUUUCAAAACUCGUGGCAGUAUGAAAUUAUUUGUAUAAUAUUCUAGAUUUUUCAAAGUUUCAAACAUUCUAAUAUUAUAACAAAACUUUGUUCAUCAAAUUUUAUGUUGAAUAAAUUACCCAUGGCCAGAGCUUCAA